AUGUUUUCUGUGGAUCAACAAGAUCGGUCUAGCAAUGCUAGUAUCCUAUCAAAUUCUUCAAUGACUUCUUCUCAGUUUGAAUUGCCAAUAGCGGCUAAAUUUUCAAACAUAUUACCACGGAAUUUAUUAUAUACUGAUUUCCAAAUAGAACAUCUAGACAUGGGUUCUACUUGGUACCGAAGAUAUUUUAUUGAAAAAGAUCAUUCGACAUUCGUUGGAUAUGUUGAACCUUAUGGACCUGUGGUCAUUUCAUUAGUACUCGAUAAUCGAACUGUAAAUGCUAAUCGUGAAAGUGUAUAUUGGUAUAGAUAUAUUAUUCGUAAAAAACAAUUACCUGAUGAUAGAGGAUUAUUAUCAGGUCCACCUAUUCUUCCUAUGGGUGAUUUACCGGCUGAUGAUUUAUUAAAAACGAUAAUUGGUGUAUUAUAUUGUACGCCAACACAAAAAACUGAAGAAGAAUGGUUUUCGAAUACCACCACAUCUAUCGCUUAUGAAAAUUUUUUACAAAUUUUAGGUGAAAAGGUUAAAUUAUUAGGAUUUGAUGGUUUUGCUGGUGGUUUAGAUACUGUUACCGAAGGUACUGGAGAAUAUUCUAUUUACGAUACUGGCACUUGGAAAGAUUUUACUAUUAUGUAUCAUGUAAGCACACUACUUCCUUAUGAAAAAUCAAAUAAACAUCAAAUUACAAGAAAAAGGCAUAUUGGAAAUGAUGUUGUAUGUAUAAUUUUUCAAGAUGUCCGAAGGCCUUUUUCUCCACUUGCUAUACGUUCGCAAUUUUUGCACGUUUAUGUAGUUGUCAGCCCUGUUCAAAUUAAUAUUGGUACUUCACGAGCAUAUCGCGUUGAUAUUGUAUGUAAAGAUGGUGUACCAUAUUUCGGUCCUCCAUUACCUGAUCCUCCGAUAUUUGACGAUCCGGUAUUAUUAAAAAAAUUUUUAGUGGCUACAGUAAUCAAUGGUCAAAAUGCUGCUUGGAAAACACCAAAAUUAUCCGAACCAUUUUUACGAGCUCGUGGAGCUAUUAUACAAGAUAUAGUUAUAAGACUCGUACCACAACCAAAUAAUCCUAUAACACCACCAACAUCACCUAAAAAAAUUUCUCAAGAUGAUUUAGAUUCUUCUUUAAAACGUUUAUUUAAAGAUUCUUUAAAAUCCGGUGAUCAACCUCCAGAUAUGAUUCAAAUAAAAUCUUUAUUAGAUCAAGGUGCUAAUCCAAAUAUUAAAUUAUUACAACCUAAACCAUCAAAAGAACGUGAAAAUGAUUUAAAAACUUCUUUUUCUCAAUUUUAUAAUCACAAAUUACCAAAUAUUUUAUUUGCUACUAUAAUAUUAUGUGAUGAUCCGGUUUAUGUGAAGAUGUUAAUUGAUCAUGGUGUUGAGGUUUUACCAAAAGAUUCUCAUUUUCCAAAUGCUUUCAUUUUUGCUGCAAAAUAUGGUCGUGUUGAAAUUAUGAAAUAUUUAUUGGAAAAUGUUCCAAAAUUAACUAAAGAAAUUAAGAAUUAUGGAACAAAAAUAUGGAGUGGUUUUACUGGUGAAGUUAAAAAAUUAAAGAAUCAUAUUAAUAGAGCUAGUAAUUUGUAUAAAUAA